AUGCCUAAUAGUCCAAUCUUUUUCACUCUUCUCCUCUCUCUUUUCCUCUCGGCUUCCGCCCAGCAAGACGAAUUUGUCUACAUAGGCUUCUCCGGCGAUGCAGAUGGCGGCGGAAGCAACAUGAGCUUGAACGAUGUGGCGGAGAUCGAGAACAGCGGGAUCCUGCGGCUGACGAACGAGACGAGCCGGCUGAUCGGCCACGCCUUCUACCCUGCGGCCCUCCGGUUCCGGAACGCCACCACUGGCGUAGCCUUUUCCUUCUCCACCACCUUCGCGUUCGCCAUCGUGCCCGAGUACCCCAAGAUCGGUGGCCAUGGCCUCGCCUUCACCAUUGCGCCGACCAAAGAGCUCCCGGGGGCCCUGCCCAGCCAGUAUCUCGGCCUCAUGAAUGCCUCCGACGUCGGAAACGCCACCAACCACGUAUUCGCCGUGGAGUUCGACACCGUCCAGGACUUCGAGUUCGACGACGUCAACGAUAACCACGUCGGCGUCGACGUUAACAGCUUGGUCUCUUACCCGACAGCUUCCGCCGCUUAUUAUGGCAACGAUGGCGUCAAGAUCUCUCUUGAUUUCUUUGAUUUGGGCACAAUCCAGGCUUGGGUAGACUACGACGGAGCCGAGAAGGUCCUCGACGUCACCCUUUCCCAUUUCUCCACGAAGCCGAGUACUCCGCUGCUAUCGUUUCAGGUGGAUUUGUCCCAAGUCCUCGUCGACGACAUGUUCGUGGGCUUCUCGGCGUCAACUGGACUGCUCGCGAGCACCCAUUACUCCUUCGGAUGGAGUUUUAAGAUGAAGGGCGCCUGUCGAUCCCUCGAACUCUCCUCCCUGCCGUCGCUGCCUCAACCGAAGAAGAAAAAUGUCACCUUGACUGUCGCUAUCUCUGUCACGACCUUUGUUCUACUGAUCGCUGCCGCCGCCGCCACAGCCUACCUCUUCUACUGGAUCAAGAAUGCCGAUGUGAUCGAGGCGUGGGAGCUCAACUGCGGCCCGCAUCGCUUCUCCUACGAGGAGCUGAAGCGAGCCACCGAGGGGUUUCGAGACCAACAGCUCCUGGGCUUCGGCGGGUUCGGAAAGGUCUACAAGGGGACCCUUCCGGGCUCGCGGGUGGAGGUGGCGGUGAAGCGAGUGUCCCACGAGUCAAGGCAGGGGAUCCGCGAGUUCUUGGCGGAGAUAGCCAGCGUGGGGCGGCUCCGCCACCGGAACCUGGUCCAGCUCCGGGGCUGGUGCCGCCGCCGCGGAGACCUGUUCUUGGUGUACGAUUACAUGCCCAACGGCAGCCUCGACAAGUUCCUGUUUCGCGACGACUCUCUCGGCCAGCGGCCAAGGCCGGUCCUUUCGUGGCCACAGCGCAUCAGGAUCCUCCGCGGCGUCGCCUCCGCGCUCCUCUACCUUCACGAGGAGUGGGAGCACGUCGUGAUCCACCGAGACGUCAAGGCCAGCAACGUCCUCCUCGACGCCGAGUUCAACCCCCGCCUUGGCGACUUCGGGCUGGCCAAGCUCCACGACCACCGCGCUAACCCCAGCACCACCCGCGCGGUGGGCACCCUGGGCUACCUCGCGCCCGAGCUCACCCGCACCGGCAAAGCCACCACCAGCUCCGACGUGUACGCAUUCGGCGCCCUGGUGCUUGAGGUGGUGUGCGGGCGGCGGCCUGUCGAGCCGAAGGCGUUGCCGGAGGAGCUGGUGCUGGUGUGUUGGGCUGAUGGCUCAUAUUCAGCCCAUGUGGGCUUUAUCAGCCCACAGCCCACACCCCCUCUUAACCUAACCCUAAUUAAGAUUAUGGGGGUGUGAUGGCUACGUUUUAGAGAUAAAUUAUGGCUAUAAAAAGACAGCAACGAGGCAGAUCUUUGGAGCCACGAGAUUCCAAAGAGAAGAAGGAGAACAAGGCAGAAAAGGAAGAGAAAAAAAGGGAAGAAGACAAGGACAACGCAGAGAGACUAUUCUCAAUCAUCUAGCACUGUUCUCAUCUCAGGAUCAAAUCUACAGUAGGCUCUUGCUGUGAUUACUUGGGAGGUUUUAGAUAUU